GGGCACGGCGAGCAGCCAGUCGUCGUUUGCACUGCAUCGAAACUGACAGCGAGUGUUCGUAUAAACUGCUGUUUGGGUUUUUACGAUGUCAGCAAGCUUUUGGUGGCUAUUUCUCGCAUGAUAAAUUAGACUUCAGUCAGAUAAACACGCGGAAGCGGCGCGCGUUACAUUUCCGUCUCUCCCUGCGGCUAAAUACCGGACGGCUAGCGGCUAUGCUAAAGCUAACGGUUAAUGAACAACCCGUUUUUUUUUCAGAGAUAUCUACGUGCGAAUGAAACGAUUAUGUUUAUCGUGGUAUUUAUAUAUGUCGAAGAAUAAUGCGGAAACUUUGGUUAUGUAAUGAGACACUGUUGUCUGUGUUGAUCCCGUCAAUCGCGACUUUCUAUCUUUGUCAUCAUGUAAAAAUAGCGUUGAGUUGUAGCUUUUAAACGGAUUUGGCGACGGCUCGCCGCGAUCAGGAGGCAUCUGACACAGGGGAUGAGAGGAGAGCAGGUGCUGCGCUCCUGGCUGCGGACUCAGUGACUGUCUCUUUGGGCUCAGGAUGGCGCAGGGAGGGUCUCAGUUAGACUAUCACAUACUGCAGGACCUCAAGCAGCGCUUCCCAGAGAUUCCAGAGAAAGUAGUGUCUCAGUGCCUUCUUCAGAACAACAAUAACCUGGACCUCUGCUGCCAUCUGCUGGCUCAGGAGAGUAAUAGAUACCUGUAUGAGGAGUACCACAGCUCAGAUGACUUGCACAUAAACCAGAACCACAUGCUGCGUAUUAGCGUGGGUUACCCUGCUACUGAAGGGGUUAAAAAUAAUGCUGGUGGCCGAGCUUUGGUCCACAGUUCCAGCGACGGGCACAUCGAGCAUCCUCGAAGUGGUUUCCCCGAGCCCCUCUCCGCCCCAGCUACUAUGGCACCGUCACCCGGCUUCAACCCCUUCUUCAUGAACGAUCAAGGACGCUCGAACAUCCCCACCCCUCCACCCAGCAUCCAGGGCAUGUCGCCCACAUACCACCCUGUCCCACGUUACAUGUCCCCCAUAACAGUUACCCUCUCCCAGAACAUCCCCUCUGCCCCACAAGCGCUGCAGAUCCCCCCUGGUGCCUAUUGUAACAGUGGGAACACCGUGUACAUGCGUCCCUCACCGUCUCAAAGUCCUCAACCCACUCCCUGGUCCACAUCUGUGUACCAGCAGUCUCCUUACGCCACUCCGACAUACCCAUCCCCGUACAGUUCUCCCCAACAUCAGGUCCAGCAGCCGCCCCAGGUGUUUCUGCCCAUAAGUCCCCCCACUCUUCCUGGGCUGUCCUACCAGCAGCCGCCAGUUUCCCACAGGCCUUUUAUGUCCUCCAAAGGCCCUAUGAAGAACCAGAUAGAGAUCACACUGGAGGGACAACGACCACGGAGCAACUCCCCUGUACAUGCUCCACAGGGAUCGCUCUAUAUGGCCACCAGCCCUUCCCCGAGCUCCCCGUCCCGGGCCAUUAGUAUGACCGGACCCCUCGGGGCCUCCAUUCAUCAAGGAAUUUAUGUCCACCAGGGUGUGGUGAGGCCCCGGCCUGCAUCCUCUCCUCAGCCGGCCGGCUCUGCGUUCAUCAAGAUCAAAGUGUCCCCUGGACAGGUGCAGCGUUCCUCAAGUUCUCCACCAGUUGAGAGAGAAUCCCUCCUCAAUAUAGUGGACCAGGGCGAGCGCCACGGCGCCCCUCCUCCGAUCCUGCCCAUCUCUGCCCUGCCAGGGAACAUCUCCAGUCAGAUCAACCGCAUGCCUAGACGAUCCAGCUCCGGCUCGGAUGACUAUGCAUAUACUCAAGCACUGCUCCUGCACCAGCGGGCUCGGAUGGAGCGUCUGAUGAAAGAACUCAUGCUGGAGCGGCAGAAACUGGAGCAGUUGAAGGCGGAAGUGAAUGAAAUGGAAUUUGACGCCCUGCAGAGACGCUUCAGACGGGUGAACAGCACCAGCCUGAUCCCUCGGCCCGAGGAUAUGACCAGAAUUCGGUCGCAAAACAGACAGCUCCAGAUUGACAUUGAUUGCACCUUGAAGGAGACAGACCUGCUGCAGUCCAGAGGCAAGGUUGACGUGAGAACCAUGAACAACUUUUAUGAUAAUAUUCAGCCUGGCCCUGUUGUACCUCCAAGAGUUAAGCCUCCGGUCGUACAAAGGGACGAGGAUUUCGAAGGCGCUCAGUGGAACUGUGAAAGCUGCACUUUUCUUAACCACCCCGCGCUGCACCGCUGCGAACAGUGCGAGAUGCCACGCAACACUUGAGCCGGCUUCACCGACCCUUCCCGACAGGCCAUGAACCUCACUCUUCCUACUAAUCUUCUGUUCCAUCACGCAAAGUUUAAGUCCUGCCUAUCAUUUGGCGAUUUCUGUCCCUUGUGCCCUCAGCAUCACCCAGCAAUAACUGAGCCGGACCCCACAGAAGAAGACAACUACUCUAGUAAAAUAUUAUCCAAUCAGAAGCACCCUGUUACCUCGAGGAGCUUCCUGCACUUGUAUUUACUUUUUUUUUUCUUUUUCUACUGAAAGAUGUUUUAAAAGAGGAAGUAGGGUGACUUAAGAGAAACAAGGAAUUGAUUGAUUGGUGCUGGAGUGGACCGAGAAGGCGUGGUUUUAGGAGAGGGUGGAGUUCCAGAUGUUGAGGAGGUGUGGUUUACCAAGCUACCAUUCCAAGCAGAAUAAGACUGCCGCGUUUACACGGAAAAAGCCGACAAACAAUCCCGCAUAUGGGGCUUCUCUCACAACAUGAUACAUUUAUUGAGAUAACCAGGGGCUGAAGCAUUUUAAUGUAGACUUUACACUGUAUGUGCUCACUAUGAGCUCUUCUCAUGAAUGAAGAACACUACAAGACCUGCAUAUGAACCUAUACCUGGUACUUUUAUGCAUAUGACACACUGUAUUCUGUGUUUAAGAUGUUGAUUUCCUGUGCAAAUGCCUCAAGUUGCUGUACUUAAUAAAGGAUCUGAUUCUAUGUGACUAUA